UGUGCCUGUAAAUAUAAAUCCACUAAUUCGACUGUCAAUAUAAACAAGUCUGAAAACCACGGCGUCGAUAAACCUAAGAAUGAAGACCAAGAAGCCGGGCAUUCAAUUGGAGAUAGUACUCUUACUCCGGAAUGGCGUUCUGAGUUUAAUUGCGGCCGUAAAUAUCAACCUUCAUAUAAUAUGACACCUACUGAUAUUACACCUGUGAUUGUAUCAACUGAUCACUUCUGUGACGACUCUGAAAGUGAGGGAUCGAACUCUCACUCGAGAGUAGUUGUGCCUAUGAUGUGGGGCAUGAUUCCGUUUUGGCACAAAGGGGACUAUCGACGUCACGGUUUGUCAACCAACAACUGCCGAUUAGAGCAUAUGUUAGAAUCCAAGUUAUAUCGAGGUCCAUUCCGAAGAGGUCAGCGAUGCGUGGUGCUGUGUGAAGGAUUCUAUGAGUGGCAAACAACAAAAUCGGCCAAACCUUCGGAACGUGCAGCCCAUCUUUUACACAUGCCUCAAGCGGAAGGCAUAAAGGUUUACGAUAAGUCUACAUGGACACCAGCGAAUGUACAACUUCUGAAAAUGGCUGGCCUUUUUGACGUCUGGGAGGACGAAAAUGGAGACAAGAUGUUUAGUUACAGCAUUAUAACAUUUGAGUCAACUAAAAUAAUGUCAUGGCUGCAUCAUCGGAUGCCAGCCAUACUGGAAACAGAGCAGCAAGUGAACGACUGGCUUGACUAUAGGCGAGUCACCGACGAAGAAGCGUUGGCGACCUUGCGUCCUGCCAGCGAAUUGAAAUGGUACCGCGUAUCAAAUCUUGUUAAUAAUUCACGAAACAAAUCUGAAAAAUGUAAUCAACCUAUCGAGUUGGUACAAAAAGCGGAAAACAAUACAAAAAAUAAAACAUUGCUGAGUUGGCUGAAUGUGCGAAAGCGUCGCGAAGAACAGGCAAGGCAAUUGAGCGAUGAUGACAGCACAACAGGAUUUGGUGGUGGGAGCGGCGGAGCAAGCACAACAAGUGAAAGCGAGGCCGAGAACCCGCCAAAACGACCACGCUUCCGCGACUACAAACGAGCGGUCAGAGAAGCGGCUCUACUUAAUGCCGCAUCGACAGAUAGUGCCAGCGAAAAACCGCAAACGUGCGAUGAAAGCUAGGUUUUGAAUGUAACAAGUCAUCUUUGCCAAGUUUAUCACUCACAUUAUUCAUUAUAACUAUACAUAAAAUACAUAUUAACAAUUAGCAUUGAAUGAAAUUAGAAGUUAAAAAUUGCAAAA